GACGUGUCCUCCGACCAAUCGGCGCUCGUGUUUGGCCUCCCCGGCAGUGGUGCGCGUCGAGCUGAUUUGCAACCCGCCGAAGCAACAGCAGAGAAGAAGGGAAAAUGUCGCUUGGCUCGACGAGGACCGUUCUAGGAUCAGUGUGACCGCGCAGCGACUCGGAAACAUCUCCUGUGGCCAGAGUGAUGAUGAGCCUCCUAAAAGCGUAAAAAAAGGAAGCUAACUUGACGAUGGAUCAGUCCACCAGGGUCCUGGGUCUGGAUGCUCAGGGCAACAUGGUCUUCACGGUGGUGAAGCCGGUCAUGGGACUCUUCCAGGUGUCUUCAGACCAAGCUGGGACCGUGAUGCAGGACAGCAUGGGUCUCCAGAGUCUAGCUGAGAACACGCUGAUCCUCCCUCCUCCACAAGACCACGUCCAGCUGGAGACCACCCACGUGGACUUGGACGCCCUCCAGCCUCACCUCCAGCCUCAGAUGCAGGUUUCCGCCCCGGUCCAGACCGAGGAAGCGGCCCAGGAUCCGGGACCUCCGCAGAACUCCGACUUCUCCACCCAGAUGCCCUUUGCAGAGGUGUCCUCCCUGCUGGACCCCAACAUGAAGGGCUCCAAGGCUCGCAAACAUCUCAUCUCCUACGAGGAGAUCAAACGUCGCCUGCAGGCCCCGGAGAAGAUGUCCCUGCGCUCUCUGGCCGCCUACACCCGAGUGAGCCGGGGGCCGGCCAGCAAGAAGACGCUCUUGGAGUCCCUCAACGUCCUCGGCCUCACGCCCAGCACCACCACCUCCGUGUCCUCCUCCUUCUCCAAACUCACUGAAGGCGACACCAGAGCUUUGUGCGACGAUAUGAAGGACUUCUCCCACGACUACAUGGACUACAGCAACAUGGCCAGGCAGCUCCUCCCCGAGACCAACACCGUCCAACACUGGUCCAAAAUCAUCGAGACAAAGAACCACCUGGAGGAUAUGAGAAAGUGCUUCAAGGACCCGGCCAACAGCGGGUCUUUCGACAGCGUGACGCACGGCCUCGGCCUGGGGAUGCUGGACGUGGCCCUGGACAUGAUCGUCACGGCCAUCGAGCAGCAGAUCCACAUCCUGUCGGGCGCCGCCGCCACCGCGGGGACGUCCGACCUCGCCCGGCAGACGCGACGCGCCCGCAGGCGGCAGCGCAAGACGCAGGACAAAGCGUCCCUCGGAGUCAAGGAUCAAGGGAGGGUCGUCGCCAAGGCCAAGGGGAGGAGCAGGGCGAAGAAGAAGGUCCGCCAGGACGACGGCCCUGCGGAGGCCGGCCAGGUGGAACCCUGUAGGCCGGACGACAUGCAGGACAACUUGAUCACUCUGGUUGCCGUGGGAUACGAGACUGUUUCUACCGGUCUUGGUGGGUCUAGACCGGCUUGACGUCGCCAGGAAGGACCAAAAAGACAUUUGUUUGUAGUAAUGUGCACCGUAGCGGGUGUCGCCAGCUUCUUCACGAUGUCAUGAGGUAAUUCUAAUCAAUCUAAAAUGCCUGAGGUGUUCUGAAUGCUGCCAUCUGGUGGACAAUGUGAAGAAAUCAAAUCAAUGACCCUUGGAAGUAGUUUGAAAUAAUAGCACAGACUUUACCUUUAUGACACAACCUUCCCUAGUCAUGGUACAAAAAAUAAAUAAAUGCAGCUAACAUAAAGGUCAACACACUUGCUCUAUGAACAUUGUGGAAAUUAUGAAAAACAUCCAAACAU